AUGGGUCUUAUGAAAACACCUGCGUUUUGUCUAAAACUUUGGGGAAUCUGGCCAUUGGAAACAUUUGAGAAGUAUCAAUACCAACAACUAUAUAGGGCUUAUAGAUUUUUUAUAAUUGGGUAUUAUAUUGUUUUUAACAUAUCUCAGACUGUUGAGUGCAUAAGAUUAAUUAUUCACAGAGAACCCUUUGAACGGAUUAGCAAAUGCAUCUCCGUCACAGUUACCCUCGUCCUUAUGGUUUGGAAAGGUUUGAUAUAUUUAAGAAAUAAAAUUCCAAAUAUGUGCCUAGAAGUGACUGCCACUGAAAGGAUAUUAAACGCUUGCUCUGAUGGUGAAACAACCAUAUUAUAUAAGAAAAUGAUAAAACUAAAUAAUUAUAUGAAUCUUUGGAUUAUUGGUUCCUCUAUAUUUACUUUAAUGGCAUUUAUUUUUGUUUCAUUUAUCGAUCUUGCAACUACUGGUCCUGUAUUCUGGGAACAUAAUAACGUGUCGUUUAUGCACGAGCUUUAUCUGCCUAUCAAUAGAAGAAAAUACUACAUUUUCAUUAUAUUUUUUAAUAUAUUCACUGCGGUAGAAAGUGUAGUUUUAAAUGCAGUUAUUCAGACCACAUUCUUUGGAUUGACUGUUUAUGCUGUUCUGCAGCUCAAAUUGCUCUCAAUCGAUUUGAAAAAUUUACAUUUGAAAAACUAUAAUCCGGAAAAGGCUUUAAAGGGUAUUAUCAAAAACCAUCAAGAUUUAAUUAGAUUUAUAACUGCUCUUAAGAGCGCAACAAAAUAUGUUUUACUAAUGAGUUUUAUAUUAAACUCCAUUAAACUCGCUGCUGUUUUGAUUCAAAUUAUGUCUAUUAGGGAUAUUUCCACACUGGCUUUUCCAAUUUUCUAUUCGUUCAUGUUAACAUCGGAAGUAUUUUUCCUUGGAUGGAUGUGCAACGAAGUUAAAGAAGGAAGUCUUGCUAUAGCUGACGCUGCCUAUAAUUCUUUGUGGUACAAUGAAAACAAAAACGUUAAGGUUAUGUUGAAAAUAUUAAUGAUGAGAGCUCAAAAACCACUCACUAUGGAUAAUGGACCUUUUGGGCCAAUGACUACCAAUACAAUUGUAUCGACGCUAAAAGCUGCAUAUUCGUAUGCUACUCUUAUGUACCAUCAGGAGGAAUAAAACAAUUCUGAAAAAAUUAUAAUCACACAAUUUUUCUGCAUUAGACCUACUACUUUUUAAAUUUAC